AUGAGUAGCAGCAACACGAACUCUCAAGAAUACAUAGAGUUACUUAAAGAUUAUUACAACACAUUCAAUGAUCUAUACAGACUGAAUACAUCCAAUGAAGAUAAACUCAACAAACUUUACAAUGAUAUCAAAAAGAACUUGAUUGAAACCAAGUAUUUCUCGCCAUCACAGAUUGUUAGUGCAAUAUUACGUGCAUCACAACUUAAUAAUCGGUAUAAUACGUCGUAUAAGAUCAUUUAUGAUAAGAUCAUUAAAGAUUUUCAUCUAAAUUGUGGUGAUUUUUCAAUAUAUCUUUUAGAUGUCCACUCUGAAAACACAAUUUACAAAGCCAUCAUGCAUGAUGAUAAAAAAUCAUUUAUAAAUUUCAUAGAAAGUGAGAAUUUUGAUGUAAAUCAAAAAUUAAAAGGUUUUUACUAUCCAUCAUGUUUCACAAAGUAUUCAUUACUCGAUUUAUGUUGUUAUUAUGGUGCUGUUAAUUGCUUUAAGCUAUUAAUAACACUACAUGGCCCAGAAAUAACCAAAAAAUGCCUUUCAUUAUCAUUUUUGGGAGGAAAACCUGAUAUCAUACAUGAAUGUUUGAAGGCACAAACACCGGAUUCAAAAUGCAUGAAAUUCGCAAUAGCUUCACACAACAUUGAUUUUGUCAGUUAUCUUAUGAAUGAAUAUAGUUUAAAGUUUGAUUUUAAGGCAUGUUGUGAAUACAACAAUCUUCAUGCCUUUUUAAUGUAUUUAGAUAUGACUAACGAUAUAGAAUCUUGCUUUAUUAAUUCACCAGCAUUUCACUAUCCACCUCUUUGUGAAUAUUUACUUUCAUUGGGUGUAAAUGUCAAUGCAACUGAUAGUUCCAGUACAACGGCACUUCAUAAUGCUGCACUUUACGAUUCUCCAGAAAUUGCAGAAAUAAUUAUCUCACAUGGCGCAAACAUCAAUGCUAACAAUAAUUUUCAUAAAUUAACUGCCCUCCAUAUUGCAGCCACUCAUGAAUCAUAUUCAACUUUAAAAGUUCUACUUUCACACGGUGCAGAUAUGAUGCUUGAGAAUUCAUUUGGGAGUACUGUUCAUAGUAUUGUAAAACAUAAGAACAACGAACGAUUACAAGAUUUAAUCAUUAUUCAAUAA